AUGUUAUCAGAGGAAGCCACAGUUACCGUUUCCUUGUCGGACGACGAGCAAGAAACAACCAAGGUUCCACCACCUUACGAAGUCAAUGCUUCUCCACUACAGGAUCAUGACGAGGAAACCCCAUCAAAGCUUACUUUGAACUUGUCGCAUGAUGAUACACCCGCAUCGAGCCCUCCUGCUACGAUAAUGAACACAAGUUCAGAGGCUAAAACCUCAAUGGAUAACCAAUCUGCGUCCAGUAGCGGGUUCCGUUCACAAAGCCCAGGGUAUACCAGUUUCUCCCAUGACACCGAUUACUUAAUGACAAUAUCUGUUAAAAAUUUUGAGAAAAGAGGUGACGGAAUGGGCGCUUACGUCGUUUACAAUAUUAUCACAACGUGUGAGGGAGUCACGGGUUACAAAAAUGCCACUUUCGAUGUUUGGAGACGUUUCUCUGAUUUUUUGGGAAUACGAGAUAAGUUGGUCGAGAAGCAUCAACCCAAAGGAGUCAUUGUACCCGCUGCCCCUGAAAAAAGUAUUACUGCCAUGACAAAAACUAAGACCUCUAAUGAACCAAGUGUUGGAUCAGAAGUUGCUAUCCGUGCUAGACAGCUCGAGCGUUUCCUACGUCGUGUGAUUCAACAUCCUAGAAUGCGUACUGAUUGCGACGUUAGAGAUUUUUUGACGAGCGAGAUGGAUUUGCCUCAUGCAACUCAAACUGCAGCUCUCUCUAGCGCCGGUGUUAAGCGAAUUUUCAAGAGUGUUGGCGAAGUCUUCUCGAAAAUGGCAUUUCAUAUGGAAGAAGGAGAUCGCUGGUUUGAACAAACCCAAUCACAUAUUGACGAGUUAGAAGAGUCCCUGAAGAAGCUGCUAUCAUUGGCAACAAACUUGGCAAGCACAAGAAAAGAGCUUGCACUCUCUCAAGAAAGCCUUAGCAAGGGAUUGGCCAUGCUGGCUUCCUGUGAAAAUUCUACUUCUUUAGCUCGAGCUUUAGCGCAUCUGACAGAAACAGAAGAUAGUGCUGCAGCAAUUUGGACCAAGCAGGCAGAGUCUGAUACUGUUCUGUUCUCAGAAGCCAUAAAUGAAUAUGUGGGCUUGAUUGCAUCUCUGAAGGAUGUUUUCAGUGAGAGAGUUCGUGUUUGGCAAAAUUGGCAGAACACACAACAAACCUUGCAGAAAAAGCGCGAGAUCAAAGCCAGAAUGGAAUUAUCUGGAAAAACUGAGCGUCUUAACCAGGUGAAAGAUGAAAUUGAAGACACUGCUCGGAGGAUGGAUCAGUUAGAAGCUGAGUUCUUGGAGUUGAGCAAAUUAAUAAGAGAAGAAGUUCAACGAUUUGACGCUCAACGUAGACAGGACAUGAAGAAAAUCGUCAUUGACUAUUUGGAAUCUCUAGUGAAGACCCAUACUGAGCUCAUGAGAUUAUGGGAGAAGUUCGAGCCUGAAACUUCCUCGAUCAUAGUGUAA